UCUUCCAUGAGGCUGCUGCUGGCGCGGGUCCGCGCGGCACGACGCGGGGGGCGUGCCUCGCGCUGACUCAGCGGCGGCGUUAGCGGGCCCCUGCGCAGUUUUCCUUCCAAGGCCGCCGACUCCGCCCGCUGGCUUGCCAACCUGCCCGCCCCGCUCCGCGCCACGCAGGAGAAGGCGCCCGGGGAACGCAGAGCGCCGAGAGGAGCGCGGCCCGGGCCGGCUCCGGCGCUAGCGCUGCGGCUGUAGUGGAGGACUACAGCGACAAGGACGUGGGCCGCUCUCCGUGCUCCCUGCGUACGGCGCCGCUCCUUGCGGCUGGCCGACCCUCGGGAGUGCAGGCGAGGAAGAGAUAUUGGAGUGAUGAUGAUUGUGGAUUCUCCUGUGGGAUUAGAAGCCACGUCUCUUGUGAUCGGAAAAUUCCAGGAAUAGCAGCAGAGAUGGACGAACAGGCUCUUUUAGGGUUAAAUCCAAAUGCCGACUCAGACUUUAGACAAAGGGCCCUGGCUUAUUUUGAGCAGUUGAAGAUUUCUCCAGAUGCCUGGCAGGUGUGCGCAGAGGCUCUAGCGCAGAAGACAUACAGUGAUGAUCACAUAAAGUUCUUCUGCUUUCAAGUAUUAGAGCAUCAAGUAAAAUACAAGUACUCAGAACUAAGCACCGCUCAGCAAGAGCUCAUCAGGAAGACACUUCUCUCUUGGCUUCAGGCUCAGAUGCUGAAUGCCCAGCCAGAGAAGACCUUCAUACGGAACAAAGCCGCCCAAGUCUUCGCCCUGCUUUUCGUUACAGAGUAUCUCACUAAAUGGCCCAAGUUUUUUUUUGACAUUCUCUCAGUUGUGGACCUAAACCCCAGGGGAGUGGAUCUGUACCUGCGGAUCCUCAUGGCCAUCGAUUCAGAGCUGGUGGAUCGGGAUGUGGCUCACACGUCAGAGGAGGCCCGCAGGAACACUCUGAUAAAAGACACCAUGAGGGAGCAGUGCAUUCCAAAUCUGGUGGAAUCGUGGUACCAGAUUUUACACAAUUACCAGUACACUAACUCAGAAGUGCUGUGCCAGUGCCUUGAAGUAGUUGGGGCCUACGUCUCCUGGAUAGACUUAUCCCUUAUAGCCAAUGAUAGGUUUAUAACUAUGCUGCUAGGUCAUAUGUCAGUAGAAGUUCUACGGGAAGAAGCAUGUGACUGUUUGUUUGAAAUUGUAAAUAAAGGGAUGGACCCUGUGGAGAAGAUGAAACUCGUAGAAUCCUUGUGUCAAGUAUUACAGACGGCUGGGUUUUUCAGCAUUGACCAGGAAGAAGAUUUGGACUUUGUGGCCAGGUUUUCUAAGCUGGUAAAUGGAAUGGGACAGUCGUUAAUAGUUAGCUGGACUAAAUUAAUGAAGAAUGGGGCCGUCAGGAAUGCGCAGGAGGCACUGGGAGCCAUUGAGACCAAAGUGCCGCUUAUGUUACAGCUGCUGGCUCACGAGGACGAUGACAUCUCCUCCAACAUCAUCGGGUUCUGUUACGAUUACCUCCAUAUCCUCAAACAGCUUUCAGUGCUCUCAGAUCAGCAAAAAGCUAAUGUAGAGGCAAUCAUGUUGGCCGUUAUGAAAAAAUUGACAUAUGAUGAAGAAUAUAACUUUGAAAAUGAGGGCGAAGAUGAGGCCAUGUUUGUAGAAUACAGAAAACAGCUGAAGUUACUGCUGGACAGACUUGCUCAGGUGUCGCCAGAGCUGGUGCUGGCUUCAGUUCGCAGAGUCUUCAGUGCCACGCUGCAGAACUGGCAGAACACACGCUUCAUGGAGGUGGAAGUGGCCGUGCGCUUGCUGUACAUGCUGGCGGAAGCUCUCCCGGUGUCCCAUGGCGCUCACUUCUCAGGUGACGUGUCAAAAGCGAGUGCUUUGCAGGACAUGAUGCGGACGUUGGUGACAUCAGGAGUCAGUUCCUAUCAGCACACAUCCGUGACCUUGGAGUUCUUUGAAACUGUUGUUCGCUAUGAGAAGUUUUUCACAGUUGAACCCCAGCACAUUCCGUGUGUACUAAUGGCUUUCUUAGAUCAUAGAGGUCUGUGGCAUUCCAGUGCUAAAGUCCGGAGCAGAACCGCCUACCUGUUUUCUAGAUUUGUCAAAUCUCUCAAUAAACAAAUGAAUCCUUACAUUGAGGAUAUUUUGAAUAGAAUACAGGAUUUAUUAACCCUUUCUCCACCGGAGAAUGGCUACCAGUCCUUGCUGAGUAGCGACGAUCAGCUCUUCAUUUACGAGACAGCCGGGGCGCUGAUUGUCAACAGUGAAUACCCCGCAGAAAAUAAGCAGGCCUUAAUGAAGGACCUCUUGACCCCACUGAUGGAGAGGUUCAAGGUUCUGUUGGAAAAGCUGAUGAUGGCGCAGGAUGAAGAGAGACAAGCAUCUCUUGCAGACAGCCUCAACCAUGCCGUUGGAUUUGCCAGUCGAACCAGCAAGGCCUUCAGCAACAAGCAGACUGUGAAACAGUGUGGCUGCUCCCAGGUCUACCUGGACUGCUUGCAGACCUUCCUGCCAGCCCUCAGCUGCCCUCUGCAAAAGGACGUCCUCCGGAGCGGGGUGCGGACCUUCCUCCAUCGAAUGAUCAUCUGCCUCGAGGAGGAGGUGCUUCCCUUCAUCCCCUCUGCCUCAGAGCACAUGCUCAAAGACUGUGAAGCCAAGGACCUCCAGGAGUUCAUCCCACUCAUCAACCAGAUCACGGCCAAGUUCAAGAUGCAGGUGUCCCCAUUCUUACAGCAGAUGUUCAUGCCCCUGCUUCACGCCAUCUUUGAAGUGCUGCUGCGACCAGCGGAAGACAAUGACCAGUCAGCAGCGUUGGAGAAGCAGAUGCUGAGGAGGAGUUAUUUUGCCUUCCUACAGACGGUCACUGGCAGUGGGAUGAGCGAAGUGAUCGCGAAUCAAGGUGCAGAAAAUGUAGAGCGGGUGCUAGUUACUGUUAUCCAGGGCGCCGUUGAGUACCCAGAUCCGAUUGCACAGAAAACGUGUUUUAUCAUCCUCUCCAAGCUGGUGGAGCUCUGGGGAGGCAACGACGGACCUGUGGGCUUCGCUGACUUUGUCUAUAAGCACAUUGUCCCCGCGUGUUUCCUGGCGCCUUUAAAACAGACCUUUGACCUGGCAGACGCACAGACAGUCUUGGCACUUUCUGAGUGUGCCGUGACUCUCAAAACAAUCCAUCUCAAGCGGGGCCCCGAGUGUGUUCAGUAUCUUCAGCAAGAGUACCUGCCCUCCCUACAGGUUGCUCCAGAAAUAAUUCAGGAGUUCUGUCAAGCACUUCAGCAGCCUGAUGCUAAAGUUUUUAAAAAUUACCUAAAGGUGUUCUUCCAGAGAGCAAAGCCCUAAGGACUGGACCUCCUGGCCCCCAUCGUGAUCAUAAUUUAUAAAGAGCAGUCUGUGCGUGUGCCGUCUACACUGGUCCUUUACCACUGUCUCCAGCAUAUUGCGGUGUAUGUGGGGUUUUCUGUAAAAUGGGUGUAAUUUUUCCCUUAAAAAAAAAGGUGUGUGACAACAAGAGAAGUUGUCUGCAUGCCGGUUUAAAAUAGUUUAUGUAAAAAUGCUGUUAUAAGACAUAGAUUUAUCCUAGUACCUUAAUUUUUUUCCUUAUACAAAACUUUUAAAGUUCUUUAUAAAAUACAGCAGUGGAACACUGACGCUAACAAAUCGAAUGUAAAGUUAGGAAUGUUCAGUUCUAUGUGUGCAGACACAUAAGCUGUGGGGUAACAAUCAAAACGUAAUUUUUUUGUAGAUAGCCAUUACAUUUCUUUAAACUAUUUCAAUGCCAAUGUGUAUUCUAUAAGUGAAUGGGUUCCUAAUUAAGUUGGUUUAGAAGCAGGUGCUGGUGUUACACAUUUUUUAUAAAAAAAUAAAUUUUGCAUAGUGAAAUACACCAAGUCUUUUCCAGAAUUAUUACAAAGAGCCUCCUUUUCCCACCUUAGUCACGCUCUGAUUCCCACCUAACGAUCUGCAAAUGGGAAUGUGGGUGCCUUAUUCCACAGACUGUGCCCCAGCGGUCACUCACAACAUAGGUCUUUUUUAAAUGCACCAGGAACCGGCUCUGUGAGUCUCUGAUAGAAUCAUAAAGCCCAGUGUUUUCCUAUGAUGUUAGAUGUCCUCAGAGCACAGCACAUUUGAGGUUUUGGCAUUGUCUUGAGGCUGGGUCUCACUGUACAGAACAGCCUGCCCCCAGCUGCUGGGACUAAGCUGAGAAGCACCAAGUCUGAUCACUCAUGUAUCAUGUUUGCAGCCACUAUGAUCACUACGUAUGCUGCUUAGUGCUACAAGAAAGUCAGAGGAGCAGUAGUGGUGUGGGUGGGGGGCCUCGGGAAAGACAGACAGAAGUCCAGCAGCACGGCUGUAGGCCUUACAUUGAAAUCCAAGUUUGUAUUGUAAACGCCCAGUGAAGGCCAGCUUCCAUCCCAAGCCCUGCAUACAAGCAGAGGGCUAGAAAUGGAUAGGGGUCAAAAGUUCCAGGUCCCCCUCAGCUACGUGGUAAGUUUGAGGUCAGCCUGGGGGGGCCUACCUGAGAGACUGUCUAACAGUGCACUCAGUAAAAGCCUGGUCUGCUGCUGGAGUAUGUCACUUAGUGGUAGAGGGCUUAAGGGACCCACGUUCCAUCCCUAGCACCACAGAACAGGGAGAGGGGACACAAGAUUUCAGGAGACACUUGUCCUCUUAUUCUCUGACUAUGCGUUGUCUAGGGACAUAAAUUCCCUAGAAUCUUUUUAAAGUGUGUUUAUGUGCACAUGUCAGGGAGGGGAGGAUGAGAACUGUACUAUUUGAAACGGUCUUCUACUCAAUGUUUCGGCCGGUUCCCAGUCAGGGGUGGCAGGUGUUGACAGCUGCCGGGUUUGAUAUGGGAUCCAAAUUCAGGCCCCCGUCUUGUGGAUCGAGCACAUUGCCUGCUUGAGCCCACCACCCCUUAGAUUUUAUUCUAAAUUGUGCACAUGAAUCUUUUUCUGAUUUUUUUUUUAACUCCAGAAGAGAUAGCAUUUUCCUUACAUUAUAAAAUAAAGGCAGUGAAGUAAAUUGACAGCUAAGAAUCUAUUUCAUCUACCGAACGAUGAAAAUAGUGAAGUAUAUAUAGUACUUCUAUAAAUAAUGAUUUUAAAAAUAUAGGUAAGUGGGCCAGGUUCGGUGGCUUCUGCUUGCAAUCACAGCAUUCAGAGGGGGCCGAGGCCAGUCUGGGCUAGAGCGAGACUCUUGUUUCAAAAACAACAUAAAACAAGAGGAGCAAAGCCAGGUGUUUCUUUGCUAUGCUCCUGUGCACUGUGGGAGAUGUAGCAUCUGCGGGCCACAGUGAGAUUGUACGAGGUAUUAUAGUGCUGCAUAGCGGGGCCCAGUAGUUAAGAGCUUGUAUAGUGUGGACUCUGGGUCCAGAUUAAAUAGGUUCAAACACCACUUAACACCAGUAACUGAUUUUAGGACCUUGAGCAAGUUAAAUAACUUAUUUCUGCCCUGGUUUCCCUAUCAGAAAUGGAGGGAAAGCAACGGUAGCUACCUCAUAACUUGUUAAGAAUCCAUUGAAUUACCACACAGGUCUCAGUAUUAGCUUGUAUUACUGUACUAUCGAGUCCAUACAUGACUCUUUAAAGCCCCACAGUGGGUUCACAUGUGUUUAGACCUGAGAAAUCAGGGCAUAGAAACCCGAGUGUAUAAAUAAGGAACUUCAUGUCAAUGUAAUCAUGUCUAAUAAUCCUCAUCUUCAUUCCUUGAAAUUACCCAAGUAUGAUCAUGAUCAAGAAACCUUUCCGUCAUUAAGUACCUUAGUUUUAAAAGCAAGCACCCAAAUAAUUAUCUCAUUUGUUACAGGCGAGAAAACAGGCAAACGAGAGGGUUUUAUGGUGCCUGAGUUAGUCCUGUGCCUAACCAGUUGUUUCAGUCUCCGUACUUACUAAUGGUUUCACAAGUGGCUUGGCCUUUUUAGAAAGUAUUAUGUGGUAUUUUACUGUGUAUCACUUCUGUGGUAAACAUGUGAAGUCCUUUGGCUUAGUCAUAUUUCCUCCAUAAGUUCUGAGCUGUUGGGUUUUUCUGUUGGAAGAAACUUGGAUGUGCCUGUCAUGUCAUUAUCAGAACUGAAAUAGAUUUUAUUGUAAGCAGGAAGUGCAUUUGCUGUUAGAAUGGUUUGGUUGCCUAAACUGUCUAAAAUUCUAAUAAAAUAACUUUCUAAGAA